CGCUUGCCUCGCGUCACCUCCAUUUCAAAAUAAUUUCGAAUUGUUCGAACGCGCGCUUCUUUCACUAGCCGGAAAUAUAUUGAAAAGAAAAAAAAAAUGAAUGUGACUUUGAAAAUUAAAUGAGACAUAAUUUUUUACUUACGCGAAAAUAUUGAAGUGUAUAUUGAUAUUUUCUUAAAAAAUACGACGUGAUUUUACGUGAUAGUGUGAUAUUUUGAAGUUCUGUAUUACGCAAGGGACGGAAUAUUCGUUGCGCAAGCUUUUGUGGAUUUUUGAAGGGACAGCGACAUAAUGGCGGGUGUGAACCUGCGACUGCUGUUCGCUGUUGUCUCCUCAGCAUGCUGGUCUUCCUUCCAGCAUGGUUACAACACUGGGGUGCUCAACGCGCCGCAAGAGAUCAUGUCAGACUGGCUUCAGAACGACGUCCUGAACGGGACGGAUAUGACGAAGAAGUCAACUGAGGAUCCUAAGGUGACGUCGGUAUGGGCAGUCGCGGUGUCCAUAUACUGCGUGGGCGGUAUGCUCGGCGGUAUUGUUACGGGAUAUAUGGCAGAUAGGUUCGGGAGGAAAGGAGCGCUCCUCAUCAACAAUGGCCUAGUGUUUAUAGCAGCAGUCCUUCAGGGCUUCUCCAAGGCGGCUGGUUCUGCUGUCAUGCUCAUCGUUGGCAGACUGAUCAUUGGUGUCAAUAGUGGAUUGGCUGCCGGCAUAGCGCCCAUGUAUUUGGCUGAAAUAUCACCAGUCUCUCUUAGAGGCUCGAUCGGCACAGUAUACCAAUUGGUGAUAACAAGCACUAUCCUACUGUCACAAGUUCUGGGUCUGUCUUCUAUACUGGGAACAGCUGAUGGUUGGCCAUACCUCCUAGGCUUAGUGGCUAUACCGGCGGCCAUACAGUAUGCUACACUUCCUUUGUGCCCCGAGUCACCAAAAUUUCUAUUAUUGAAUCGCGGGAAGGAGUUACAUGCGCAGAGAGCAUUGAACUGGCUUCGUGGGGCCGUAGCUGUACAUGGUGAGAUGGAGGAAAUGCAUCAGGAAGCGGAGAAGAAUAAGGUGACGAAGAAGGUGACCCUCCGCGAGCUGUUCAGCAACAGGACUCUCCGUCAGCCGCUGCUGAUCGCGAUGAUGGUGAUGAUAGCGCAGCAGCUCUCCGGCAUCAAUGUUGUGAUAUUCUUCUCCACUGACAUUUUUACGAAGGCCGGAAUUAGCAAGGACAACUCGCAAUACGCGACAUUAGGCGUGGGCGCUAUGAACGUAGUGAUGACUGUAGUGAGUCUGAUGCUGGUGGAAUGUGCUGGCAGGAAGACUCUACUCCUUACUGGAUUCGUCGGAAUGUUCAUAAGCACCAUAGCGCUGUUCGUCUCCAAUAUAUACGUGAGUUUCUUUGUGUCGUGGGUGCCGUAUUUGUGCAUCGUGGUGGUCAUUUUGUUUGUAAUGUCAUUCGCCAUCGGGCCCGGCUCCAUACCUUGGUUCCUUGUCACUGAGCUGUUCAAUCAGUCUGCGCGUCCCGCCGCCGCGUCUGUGGCCGUGACAGUCAACUGGACCGCUAAUUUUAUUGUGGGACUAAGUUUCUUGCCAUUAACGUUGGCACUUGGUCACUACACUUACCUCAUUUUCGCAGCACUCCAGGCAUUGUUUAUCAUAUUUAUAUUCUUCAAAGUACCAGAGACCAAAAACAAGACUGUUGAAGAAAUAUCAGCCAUGUUUAGACAGCAAUUAUAAUUUUAGGUUAAGUCCUGUAUGCGCGAAAUUAAGUUUCGCAAAAUGCCUUAAAAUAUUUAAAGAUUCAGACAUUUUGCGAAUGGCGAUUCAAUUAUUUAAGUGCCUAUGAGACUUGAGCAAGCGUAAUCAAAACAGCCACAGAAGCGUUCGAUGCAUUUUUGACAUUGUGCGACAUAUCGCAUUUUGACUACCUCGCAUAAGCUACACUCAAUUGUACAUACAUUAAUUAUGUAAUGCUAUCUCCAUAUAUAUUUUUUUAAUAUUCACACAUAUAAUAUAAUGAUAUUAUGACAUCCACUAGUACUCGUUGAAUAUCAUAUCUAUUAAAUAAUAGAACUUUGAUAAUACAUAAUAAAUAAAACAGUAGCAUUAAUAAACAUUAUGCCUCGUGAAUUUUUGAUUUAUAUUUCUCAGUUGAUAAGUCCUUACAUAUUUAUUUUAUUUAAUACUGUGAACCCAAAGUCUAUCUAAGAAUAUGCACCAUUAUCAUCACAAUAUCAUACGUACGAUUAAUAUUAUAAAUUCAUGUUUAGUGAAAAAUAUAAAGAACUAAAAUAUUUGAAACGAAAAUUGACAUUUUGCGAUAAUUAUUUUCAAUUUCACAAAAAAGGUGGA